CUUGUAUAACAAACACAAACACACGAGUGUUGAGGAAAUGGAGAUCAGCGCCGUCCUCUCUAAUUUCCAGCCUACUUACCUCCUUUCCCCAUCUUCUCGCUCUUCCGUCUCCUCCACCGCCGCCGCCGUCGCCGCCGCCCGAACAGCUCUUCAUCUUUCCUCCUCUCAGCAAACUCGUUUCUCUCCGCCGCUAUUUCAAAAGAAGCAAGUUUUAGCUUCUGCUUCGUGUCGUAAUGUUAAUGAAACUAACAAUCCUUUUAAGAGAGCUGUCGUGUUAUCCGAUUCUUAUAGUGAAGCAACUGAAUUAGCUGACAUAGAGUGGGACAAUCUUGGAUUUGGGUUUAUUCCUACUGAUUACAUGUAUAUAAUGAAAUGUACUCAAGGUGGAAGCUUCUCUAAAGGUGAAUUACAAAGAUUUGGGAAUAUUGAAUUAAGCCCCUCAGCUGGAGUCUUAAAUUAUGGACAGGGAUUAUUUGAAGGUCUAAAAGCCUACAGGAAAGAUGACACUGUUCUUCUUUUUCGUCCUGAGGAGAAUGCUCUCCGAAUGAGGCAGGGGGCGGAAAGGAUGUGCAUGCCAGCACCCACUGUUGAGCAGUUUGUGGAAGCCGUAAAGGAAACUGUCUUAGCAAACAAACGUUGGGUCCCCCCACCAGGUAAAGGUUCUUUGUACAUCAGGCCAUUGCUCAUUGGGAGUGGAGCCGUCCUUGGUCUUGCACCUGCUCCUGAAUACACCUUUCUUAUUUAUGUCUCACCUGUGGGAAACUAUUUUAAGGAAGGUGUUGCUCCAAUAAAUUUAAUUAUUGAACAUGAACUGCAUCGUGCCACUCCAGGAGGCACGGGGGGUGUUAAAACUAUUGGGAAUUAUGCUGCGGUUCUGAAGGCACAAUCUGCUGCAAAAGCCAAAGGAUAUUCUGAUGUCCUCUAUCUUGAUUGUGUUCACAAAAAGUAUCUGGAGGAAGUUUCCUCCUGCAACAUAUUCGUGGUGAAGGGUAAUAUCAUCUCCACUCCUUCAAUAAAGGGAACAAUAUUACCUGGCAUCACGAGAAAGAGUAUAAUUGAUGUUGCUCGAAGUCAAGGGUUCCAGGUUGAGGAACGGCUUGUGGAAGUGGAUGACUUGCUUGAUGCUGACGAAGUUUUUUGCACUGGGACAGCAGUGGUAGUGUCACCUGUUGGCAGUGUCACUUAUAAGGGUAAAAGGGUAUCAUAUGGAUUAGAUGGUUUCGGAGCUGUUUCACAGCAACUUUACUCGGUGCUUACCCAACUCCAGAUGGGUCUUAUAGAUGAGAAGAUGAGCUGGACUGUUGAGUUGAGUUAGGCAUACUGUAGGAACAUCUGGUUUGCCUUUCUAAAGACAUCACCGCCUUAGGUAAAAUGUGUUUUUUUUUUACCCUCCCGUUGUCUGAAGACAGUUUUUCUUCUUUUGGGCAAAUGUUGGUCAGAAGUGUCACUGUUUGGUACCGAAGGAUGUACUAUUAUUAGUUUCGAAGCAGGAAACCAAGAAUAUUGCGACCAAACAUUGUUGUUUAAUGGGCUUGAAAAGAAAAACUUGGAAUUUACUAAAUGUGAUGGAAUAAUUGGAAUGGUUUUGGAAA